AUGGAUCAUCUAUGGCAUUCAUCGAAGCUUUCCUUUGGUCUACUGGAAUACUAUGUCAGCAAGUCGACAAAAGAUGCUCAAUUAAAUGCAUUCUACAUACGAGGCUAUUCAGAGGCGGAGAAUCUAGUGACGACAGCAGAAGAGGGAUUAUUACGUGCAGCAAAGUAUGACUAUGCAUUCUUCUCGGAACAGCGUUCGGCUCGAACCACUCUAAGAUCCCUCAGUCAGGCUCGUGGUCGGUGCACUUUACGCGAAUUGGCAGUGCCUUCCACCGGGGCACAUCUGGCCUUCCCAUUAUUGAAAGGCUCGCCCUACGCCCGGCCGGUUUUAGUCAGUUUGCUACAGUUGCGCGGGACUGGUGUGCUCAAACGGCUGGAAGACAUGCUCGUACCUGAAAUGCCCAAGUGCGACCCGCUGCCCCAUUUCGCUUCCGCCAGGGCAACGGACGUGCGCUCCGCUCUUAUUCUAUUCCUCAUUGGGCUCGUAUCAGCAACGCUCAUUGGUGUUGCAGAGUACCUUUGGAAUAAACGCGUGCUGCUACAAAAGAAUAUUACUAGAUAUUGUACUCGU